AUGACAUAUUUAAUUGCAGACCAGCUGAUACCAACACAGAUCCACCAUCGCAUGGCUGACGAUUCGGAUGGGCUGCGCCAAUUUAAACAAUUUAGGUUCGGGUCUCUAAGGUCAAGUGAGUUUGAAAAUACUGAGCAACUGGCAACAGCAACUUCAACCUGGAAUUUGAGUAUGAUGCGUGUUAGUUCUAUACAAUUGUCCCAUGAAUUAAGGGUUCAAAAUAGUCACCGAUGCAGUAAUCGCCACACUAGUGCAAGCGGAAAGAGCAGAGUACAGUUGGUCAAUGUCAAUCUUUCUUCUCAAUUUUUGGAAACUUGGAGUCUCCAUGUUCUAAACAGCAUAAGUGGGCCUCUGAUUCCUGUACCUUCCAGAUGUAACGUGUUCCUCUGCCAAUCUGUUCUAACACCAGGUGGAGGGAAUGAGAUUCCUGUUCUGAAAUCUGCGGCCAUGGCGUUGACAAGGUCCUAUGAUGCUCUUCGUGGAAGUACUCUGGUGCUUAAGUUGAUCCCUGCAGUUGGUAUUAUUGCUUUUGCCGCAUGGGGUCUUGGCCCCCUCAUGCGGUUGGGGAGGACGAUUUUUCUCCAUAAAUCUGAUAAUAGUUGGAAGAAGAGUAGCACACAUUAUGUUAUGACCUCUUAUCUUCAACCUUUGCUGCUCUGGACUGGAGCAAUACUCUUCUGCAGAGCAUUGGAUCCUGUAGUUCUACCGUCAGAAGCAAGCCAGGCUGUGAAACAACGACUUCUGAAUUUUGUACGUUCAUUAUCAACCGUGGUGGCAUUUGCCUAUUGUUUGUCCAGCUUGAUCCAACAGGCACAAAAAAUUUUCACAGAGACAAAUGACUCCAGUGAUGCAAGAAAUAUGGGCUUUAGUUUUGCUGGAAAAGCUGUGUAUAGUGCAGUCUGGAUUGCUGCUGUAUCCCUAUUCAUGGAAUUGCUGGGUUUCUCUACUCAAAAGUGGCUCACAGCUGGAGGCCUUGGUACAGUGUUGCUCACCCUUGCUGGCCGAGAGAUAUUUACAAAUUUUCUUUCGAGUGUAAUGAUCCACGCGACACAGCCAUUUGUUUUGAAUGAAUGGAUUCAGACAAAAAUCCAAGGCUACGAAGUUUCUGGUACUGUUGAGCAUGUGGGCUGGUGGUCACCAACAAUUAUACGAGGUGAUGAUCGUGAAGCUGUUCACAUUCCAAACCACAAGUUCAAUGUGAGUGUUGUGAGAAAUCUUAGCCAGAAAACUCAUUGGCGCAUCAAAACCCACCUUGCUAUCAAUCACUUGGAUAAUAUUGUAGCUGAUAUGCGUAAAGUUUUGGCCAAAAAUCCACAAAUUGAGCAGCAAAGGUUGCACAGAAGAGUUUUCCUGGAUAAUAUCAAUCCAGAGAAUCAAGCUCUCAUGAUUUUGGUAUCAUGCUUUGUGAAAACCUCACAUUUUGAAGAGUACCUAUGUGUAAAGGAAGCAGUACUCUUGGAUCUUCUUAGAGUAAUUAGCCAUCAUCGCGCUCGCCUUGCCACACCUAUUCGUACAGUACAGAAAAUAUACGGCGAGGCUGAUUUGGAAAAUGUGCCAUUUUCCGACUCUGUAUUCACACGCUCCGGAGCCACCACUAACCGCCCAUUGUUGCUAAUUGAACCCUCCUAUAAAAUUAAUGGUGAAGAUAAAGUUAAAGCUUCAAAUCGUCCCUCUCGUGCUAAUGAGGAAAAAGAUGCAAAGGCUGAAGCAGCCCCGGUACCUGAGUUGAAAGCAGAUACCAAGGCUGGAUCAACACCAGUUGUUGACUUGAAAAGAGAUAAGGUCAUUGCAAAAUCUACGUCCAACCCCAGCACAAACUCUAAGGUCUCAGCUGUCUCGGCAUCUGACCCUCAGCUUAUCAGUGCAAUGCCUGAUAAUUCAGUUCAAAACAAUUCUGAAGCACUGCAAUAUAAUGGAAAUAUGCGAGAUGGAAGGAAGGAGACACUGGGGCUAAAUUCUGAAGGCAUAGCCACCAAGGGAGCAACACUUGAUAGGUCAUCAGUUGCUAACCCAGGAUCUGGGGGUGAAAGAACUGAGAGUCCUCCUGUAAUUUCACAGGGCAGGCAGGAUAUUGAGAGAUCUGUUGCAUCACCAUCAAUGACCAGGCCUUCAUUGGAGGAGAACCUUGUCCUCGGUGUUGCUCUGGAGGGCUCAAAACGAACUCUUCCAAUUGAGGAAGAGACGGAUCCAUCUCCUUUCCCUCUAGAAUCGAAGGAAUUGGCUGCCAGCCGGAAUGGAGGAGCAUCUCCUCCUGCUAAGGGUAAGAAAGACAGCCAGGACAGUUCCUAG